AUGCAAGAGUCAGCAAGGAAAGAUAUAGAGCGGGCAUUCGAAGUGCUCCAAUCCCGAUUUACAAUUAUAGGUGGUGUCGUACGUUUUUGGGAUCCGAAAAUGCUUGGUAACAUAAUGAAGAGUUGGGUUAUAUUACACAAUAUGAUUGUUAAAGAUGAGCGAGAGGAGCAUUCUGAUUUCGAUCAUGAUAUUUUAUCAACCAACUCACCAGUAGUACUUUCGUGUAGCAGUAACAAUGACUUCCAAUCAUUUAUGUCCCGCCAUUUAGGUAUUAGAGAUAAGAAUGAAUAUCAUGCCCUCCGCAAUAAUUUAAUAGAACAU